AUGGACAGACGUACUGCAGAGAGUCCAAUGGACUUUGAGUGGCAGACUCGCGCUCCGGGAGAUGUUACUUCACCGUUCUAUCAGCUUGGUCUGCAGCGUGAUAAUCAGAAGAAGUCGUUUGUAUUCGAUUCUCCGAUGAAAAAACCACCAUCACAAUCGGUCAAUUUCUCGCAGCCGUCGCCACAGCGUAAUGGAUCACCAACUCGGCCUGGCGCCAUCUUUGGCAAACCCGCCUUCCAAACCCCUCGCAAGUUCGAUCUAGAUUUCUCCUCUGGCGCAGAGAACAUGUCUUCACCUGAAUAUGCCGAUAACGAAGAUACCCCCGAACCCGUGCAGAUGAAGAAGAAAGAGAAGCGAAAUUCGCUAUUCGCAAUUUACGGUCGAUGGGCCCCUAGUCCCGGGAGAGGAGAAAUCGCUCGUGUGACGAAACAUACGACCGAUCCAGCACGGCGGGKUCAUAAACGACGGAUACGGGACCGUGAUAUCGAUCGGCAUCUGCGCAGAGAUAGUGACUACGAUAGUGACCGACCGAGCAGUCGGGAGGGGAAGCAACCAUCUAAACUCGACAAAAAGGACAAAGAGUCAACACCAUCGCCAACAAUACCACCAUCGCAAGGCUCAACGUGGGCGCAUUUCUUUGCUUUUCUCGAUGAACAUCCAAAUCUCCCUGCGGUUCUGUCUUACUGGUUACAGCUGGUCUGGAACUUGAUUCUGUUUUCGCUAGUCACAUGGGUUGUGGUUUCGUUCGUCUUGACGAUAAAGCAAGAUAUCGAUCAUGCGGCAGAUGCGAAGCGGAAUGAUAUCCUUACGGAAAUGUCAACUUGCAAGGAAUUUUAUAUCCAGAAUAGUUGCAAUCUCGCCAGUCGACCCCCAGCGCUCAACGAUGUGUGCAAUAAUUGGGAACGGUGUAUGGAUCAGGAUCCUACACGGGUGGCACGAGCGACGGUCUCGGUGCAGACAAUUUCUGCUAUCAUUACUGGCUUCGUUGAUGCGAUCAGUUUCAAAGCAUUCUCCUACUUUCUCUUAACAAUCACUACCAUCACAAUCGCCAGCAACUGGUCAUUCAUUGCGUUACGACACCAAUACACCAAGAAAGAAGAUCGAUACCCAUUUCCCAACGCCCAAAAUCCACAAGGACAACCACCUUAUCAACAUCAACAAGCUCCUCCACUUUCGUAUCCCGCCAACGGCAGUCAAUAUCCUCUCGAAUAUCCUAAAACGCCUGGUCGCGAGAAUAGUCCGUCGCGUCGACAGCGAAAAUACGACAGGGAUGAGGAUAAUGACGACGAACAGGAGCCGCGUCGCUUGCUUCUUGAAAACACGCCGUCGCGGAAUAUGGAUUACGUGACGGGACGAAGUCGGGAGCGAGAGCUACACUCGCCGUUCAGCACCGCAAGUCGUACCGUACUGCCUGGUUCUACUUCACCAGACGUUGCUGCAAUGACAGCAACACCCUCCAACGACGCCGCCCUUCAGGGUAACUAUGAUGUCGACUACGUCAUUCGCUAUACCUUUGGGGGAGACCGUCUAGAAGCAAAGGAGCAGCUCAACAGCCUCUUGCAGACUCUUGCGGGAGUGGGGUUUCUGACCGAAGUCAGACCGGGAGAUAGAUCGUCUUUGCUCAUAUUCAUUCGAGCGCCGCACAAGAGCUUAUUGCGGGCUACGCAUACUACUCGUGUCCGCGAUUGGCUCUAUGGGCUGCGCAACACCCAACCCAACCGCGACUCCUCCCCCGGUCCCCAAACAGACGCCGAACGUCUGCGCGCAAUCUACUACAUGCUGACAGCACCCACCUCCGACGGCGGCGCAAAUAUAACGCCCAAAUUCGGAAAAUGGAAAAACGUCGACUCCUUAUUCCCACUGCACGACGACAAAACAAAUCAGUCCUGGAUGCGGGACUGGAGUAAGAAGACGUUUCUAUCGAGCGAAGAUUUAGACCAAAUUCGGGACAAAUUCGGCGAGCAAGUAGGGUUUUAUUUCUCGUUCUUGCAGACGUAUUUUCGGUUUUUGUUUUUUCCAGCGCUGUUUGGGUUUUCGUCUUGGUUGAUGUUGGGAUAUUAUUCGCCUGUGUAUGCGCUUGUGAAUUGCGUGUGGUGCGUGGUUUUCGUGGAGUAUUGGAAACGGAAGGAAGAGGAUUUGGCGCUGAGAUGGCAGGUUCGUGGGGUUUCGGUGUUGUCGUCGAGGAACAGGAGCUUUAAGCCGGAGAGUGAGGUGAGAGAUGAAGCUACGGGAGAGCUGAGGCCGGUGUUUCCUUGGAGGAGAAGGCUGCAGAGACAAAUGUUGCAGAUCCCGUUUGCGUUUGUUGCGGUGGUUGCAUUAGGGGCUGUAAUUGCUACUUGUUUUGCUAUUGAGAUUUUUAUCUCGGAGGUGUACAACGGUCCGUUGAAGUCGUACCUGGUUUUCAUCCCCACCGUCCUUCUUUCUUCUAUUCUACCUAUCGCGAGUACCAUCCUUACUCGAGUAGCGAAACGACUUACGGAGUUCGAAAACUACGAGACCAAAGAAGACCAUGACGUCGCUUUCAUCCAGAAAAUGCUCGUCAUAAACUUCAUCACGUCUUAUCUGGCCAUCUUCCUGACGGCAUUCGUCUACGUUCCGUUUGCACAUGUGAUUGUUCCAUAUCUAGACGUCUUUCGAGCAACUGUUCGACCUUUCGUCUCUCCCGAAGAUGAGAAGACAAUACAUCACUCCGAGUUCAAGAUCGACCCCAACCGUCUGCGGAACCAAGUCAUCUACUUUGCCGUGACAGCACAGAUUGUCAACUUUUUCCUUGAGACCAUCCUUCCUUUUAUUCUCCAGCGAAUAAGUUCCAAGUACAAGAAAUACUCUGAAGAAAAAGCCAAUGGCCACGAAAAGGCAAGUGCCGCAUACGACGACCAUCCGGAUGAAGUCGAAUUCUUGAAAAAGGUUCGCGAAGAAGCAGAUCUACCGGAAUACGAGACAACCGAUGACCUCCGCCAAAUGGUCAUUCAAUUUGGUUACUUAUCCCUCUUUUCGACCGUGUGGCCACUCGUCCCGGUCUCAUUCCUGUUCAACAACUGGCUGGAACUGCGAUCUGAUUUCUUCAAAAUCUGCAAAGAAUUCAAACGUCCCGUCCCCGAACGCGCUGAUACGAUUGGUCCCUGGCUGGAUACUUUGGGUCUUUUGGCCUGGGUGGGCAGUAUCACCAGUCCCGCUCUUGUAUAUCUAGCGCGGAGUCAGGGUCUUGACAGCGACGAUUGCACCAGUUCAGAAAACAUCCGCGGCUGGAUGCUUAUGACGACCAUCUUCUUCUCGGAACACAUCUACCUGGGUGUCCGCUACGCCGUCGAGAAGACAAUGACCAAAAUCGACAUGCCGAGUAUUGCGCACGAACGGAUACAGAAGAUCUUGAUGAGAAAGGAGUUCCUUGCUGAGAUUCCGGAGGAGUCGCUAACGCAUGAUGUGGAUGAGUUGGAAGGUGCGGAUGCGGCUGCCGGUAGUCAGAUUACGAGAGCGACGCUAGAGGAAGAUGCGCGUGCGAGAACGCUGCAUCACGCGAGUCCAUCUGAUCCGUUCUGGGAGAGACAGAAGAAUUGGAGAGAGGCGCUGCAGAUUGGGGAGAGGAUUAUUGAGUCAUACCAGAGUGUGGAGGCAAAGAAGCAUGAUUGA